UCUCUCUCUCUGAUAAUGGAGACCCUGGAAGGAGCUGAACUCUGCUUUCCACAACUACUCAACACCUCCUGCAGGAAGCCACUGCAGCAUCAUGCUGAGACCAUAUUCCUUUACAUCCUGCUGUCUUGCAUCUCUUUGCUCACUGUGGCUCUCAACCUGCUGGUCAUCAUCUCUAUCUCCCACUUCAGGCAGCUCCACACCCCCACCAACCUCAUCCUCCUCUCACUGGCUGUCUCAGACUUCCUUGUUGGCCUCUGGCUGAUGCCGCUUCAUAUCCCCCUUUUUGGAGGCUGCUGGUUUUUGGGGAGCUUGAUAUGUGGACUAUAUUACUACACCUCUUAUAUCCUUGUAUCUGCCUCAGUAGGAAACAUGGUGCUCGUAUCAGUUGACAGAUAUGUGGCCAUUUGUGACCCUUUGUGUUACCCCACCAAAGUGACUCAAAAUAGAGUUAAAAUCUGUGUUUGUCUGUGUUGGGUAUGUUCUGUGUUCUAUAAUGGUGUGAUACAGAUUGAUUUCCUGAAACGUCCAGAUAGAUAUAAUUCCUGCUAUGGAGAGUGUGUAGUUGUAAUUAACUUCAUAACAGGAGCUGUGGAUGUCAUGUUGACCUUUUUUGGCCCCAUUGCUGUCAUCAUAGUUCUGUAUAUGAGAGUAUUCGUGGUGGCUGUGUCUCAGGCUCGAGCCAUGAGGUCUCAAAUUGCAGCUGUGACACUCCAGGGCUCAGUUAGUGUAACUGCUAUGAAGUCUGAGAGAAAAGCAGCCAGAACUCUUGGUGUUGUCAUGGUUUUAUUUAUAAUAUGUUUCUGUCCUUAUUUUUAUCCCUCUCUUGCGGGCCAGGACAUGUCAACCAGUGUGGCAUUUUCAAUUUCUGGGGUCUGGCUACUUUAUUGUAACUCCUGUAUAAAUCCAGUGGUCUAUGCUUUUUUCUACCCCUGGUUUAGGAGAUCUGUUAAACUAAUUGUUACACUUCAAAUACUGCAGCCUGACUCCUGUGAUGCCAACAUACUGUAGAGAUGUCUGUAAUGUGACUAAAAUGACAGAAAAGUUUGAUGUUGCUACUUCACCAGUCAACUAAGUGCUCAAGGAACAAAGGCCAAAAUGUCCCAAAACAACUUGGCAACACUGACUGACUGAAGAGUCUGCACUUUAUUAAGCUGAGUUUUAGCACAGAACCUUUGUCUGAAAUUUUUACCCAGAGUGAAUUCAACAACAACAAUUAGCCGGAUUGGAACAGGAAAAUAUUUUUUUGCUAAAAUACCUUGAAAUGGUAUUUGACUAAUCUCUUAAUUCUGAGUAUGUGAAAUAACAUACUACAUGAAGAAUGGAGAAUUGUUUUCUCUUCAGGUUUUUGAAACAUACAGGUUAUCAGAUUGACCUAUGAAAUUGGUCAAAUCUUUUUAUAUUUGAUUUGUAGAAUAGUUCUGCUAAAAAAGAUAACCUGCUGUAGUACAGUACAGUAAUCAAUGUCUCAUAGAGAUCAACAAACUAUAGGUUGGAAAUUUAAACUGUAUUAGACUUUUCCAGUAAUACGUUUUAGGCCCACUUGAGUAUACAUACCGUACAUGCAGGUAAUUGUAAUGAAUAGAUUUAAAUUAUAUGUCUGACCCUCCUAUUAUUUUUAUAUUACAUGUUUAUCACUAUCACUGUCAAAAGUAACAAAAGCUGUAAUGCUAACUAGUAAUUAACAUUAUUUGCAUUCUUGACAAACAAUCACUAAAUCAGAUAAUUGUUACUUUGUUGGUCGUGAAGCUGAUUUAUCAACAUGAAUUAUAACAUUUUCAACCAACUAUGUAAUAUAACGUAUAUUCUAUUUAUAAAAUAAUUUGGAAUAAUUACCUUGUUGCACAAUAAUAAGCCCAUGUCAUAGACAAAUUUGGCAGUGUGUAAUAGUGUAUCUAACCAAAUGAGCCUUCACUGUCUGUGUUUUGGAUGAAGAAAUAUUGUAUUAGCACACAUUUUAAAUGGACAGACAAUUUCUGUUAGGAUAUCAUAAUGUUAUGAACACAUAAUAAAACACAAAUACCAACACAUUCUGACCAAUCAUCAUGAAUUGUCAUGAAUAUUACAACAGUAACAUUAGCAGAUGAACCCAGAGCUGUAGAGAACUGAUGUAAUUAACACCACUAUGUAAAUAACGGUCAGUGUUUGUCCGACUGAAAUAAAGUCUCUCAUUGUCUUCUA